AACAGAAGAGCGCGCGUGCGGGCGGUCCCGGGGGCGCGCGCCUACCCCGGGAUGCCGCUCUGGCCCCUGAGGCCGUUGUCCGCCAGCCACGACCCCGAACCCCCGGCCGGAGACGCCCCGGUGACCCUGCCCCAGAGACCAGUCUCGCCGAGCGCGCUGGCGGGGCCCCUGUCGCUGGUGUCUCCGGGCUCGGCGCCGCGCGCGUCUUGGAGCGCGCGGGAGACGGAGCUGCUGUUGGGCGCGCUGCUGCUGUGCGCUCUGCUCCGCCAGGCGCUGGCCCCCUCCCGCCUCGUGUUGGGCGCGCUGGCCGGGCAGCAGGUGCACCGCCCUCGCCAGGGCCGCCGCCGCCACUACCGGUUACUCCGGGUCAGCUUCCCCCAGGCGCAAGGCCAGCCGCCCUGGCCCUUCGACGAGUACACCCCCGAGCUCACGGGGCUACCUGGCGAUCACGUGCGCAAACUGCCCCGCCGCCGCUACCGGGGGCCUGGGCGCCCCCGGCAAGGCCGCGGUCCAGCCCCUAGCGCACCCCCGCCGACUCGCUGCCAAUCAGGCGCCGCCCCGCUUCCGGCCGCCCGCAGCCCCCACGCUGACCCCGCCUGGACGCCCCGCUUCAACCGGUCCCCGCAGAGGUCUGCGGAUGCCUCCCGCGGCCCCAGAAGCCCCGAGGAUCGCGCAUCCCCGCCGCGGAACGCCGCCCUGCUGCUGACCCUGGGGCACCUGCACCGCCUCCUGAGCAUCCUGGGCCAGCUGCGCGACCAGCUGCGGACCCUGAACCAGCACGUGGAGCAGCUGCGCGGCGCCUUCUGCAAGACAGUGUCCCUGGCCGUGGGCUUCGUUCUGGGCAGUGCGGCGGCUGUGGGCUUCAUCCUGGGCAAUGCGGCCGCCUAGCGAGGGGUCACCAGGGACCCGUGCCAGUGACCCCCAGGUGCGGCCAGCCUCCCCGCUCCAGGCCGGGGCCCCUCCGCCCUGACCCCUCCUGCUGCCUUCCCAUCCCCACGCCUGUGCACGUUCAGUAAAAGCGUUGUUUUCCUAGAAAAAUAAAGCAGAAGAAGAUGUCAUAAU